AUGGGACUCUCUCUGUCGUCGUUUCUGAAACUGUUCGAGAAAAAGAAGAAUACCUUCGAAAAACAAAACAAUCCGACGCACACGAACAGUAAUCCAAUUGCUACACCUGGUCUCCUCACCCUUGAUAUAUCUUCACAACACGUACAGUUAUAUUCUGCUUCACCGGAAAACAUUUCGAACGAUGCACUCCGAGUCGCCGCCGAAGUUAUGACCCCUGGCAACGAUCUUCCACACACACCCUUCAUCCGCCUCCUCAGCGGAACCCUCGCUGAAUUCCUUCAGUACUCUGGCGCCGACGCAUCACGUUGGCUGAUCAACACUGCCCAUGAUUUGUGUGAUCCUAAGCAUCGCAGGGGUUCAUUGUACAUAUUGAGGGGGGAGGAGUGGGUUCUGGUCGUGGAUGCGGAUCCGCUCACUGCCUCUCAGUAUCUUUACCAUCUUGGUCCGGGAGUUACGGUCGGCCUAUCCAAAAUUAGUCGCCGCGCAGGAAGGUCUCGUACCAGCACAAUUGGGAAUGCCUCCACAAUGGCUAAUCACGUCAUGCAGCGUGAUGGAAAGUGCUGGGUAACACGAGCACGCCGUAUACUAAUAAACAGUCACAUCUGCCCCAAGCGCAUGGGGGAUCAUACCGCAAGAAAUAUCCUUCGAACAUUCACAACCCUCGACCCGUCUGCUGAUGUCUCAAUCUUUGAUGAGAUCUUUGGCUUGAAUUUGAUAAGCUAUCUGGAUGUGAGGAGUCUGUAUCUUCUCAUCUCCAAAAUUUCUAUUGAUCAACCAUUUAGGGCCUUUAUGAGUGCCAUGUGUUUGCCAAUUCAGAUGAUGAAGAUUACACUGUGGUUGGAGUAUUUGAAAGAGGAGACAACUGCUACAACUACCCUCUCCUUCAUGGGCAACCUGCAAGCCCUCCCCAACCCCACAGCCACAAUCUUCCUCCAGCAGGCUUAUUUCACUGGCACUACAUGCAAUGUGUCAUCAGGAGAUUUGGGCAUGAUAACUAUAAAGACCUUCCAAAUAUUUAUCUCUUUGAAUUUCCUCUUCGGAUGGAAGGGGAUUCUGAUGACAAUGGCACAGACAUAUUUCAUCACUACGGCCAUGAAUGUCGAAUCCCUUUCGUACGCGUCCACAUCUACUUGUACUCCGACUGCGAAUUUCGAAAGCUCGGGCGACGCUGCAAAAACCGUAUUCAACCGCACAGAUAGUUCACGGAAAAUUAUGACCAACGGCAAAGUUUGGGCAAGGACAUUCAGCUGCAAGACUGCAACGCAACAUGCGCACUUAGGUUAUGAAUAUUUUCUUACUGUCAACGAUGAGGCGCGUUCGCUGUCCCUUCACAUCGAGUAUUUCUGGAAGGGCCCUUGGUCACCGUCCCAUGGACUUUUCUUCUUCGUCAGUCUUCCUAUGGACCGGCUUUGUGCUGCAUGUGUUGACAACUCCAGCGCGCAGAACCGAUACGUUCCACCAUGUGUGAUAAUCCUCUCUAUUGUUUGCUUUACGAUUCCCAAUCCAUCUCCUGAUCUGCAAGUCAGCUAUCCAAAUGAGCUUCCUCUUGGCUCUCGUAUCUAUCAGCGUCGUCCAAGCAAUUCUCGCUACCAGAGUCUGGUGCCUAUUCCCAGAAAAUACAGCCGUGAAGAUGGGACUUGUCGUUGCCUUCCUCGCCACAUUCGCAACAUCCCUGACGUUUAUGUUUUCUCCGUGAUCCCAAACCCGCUCGUUUUUGAUGCUUCCGGAUGCCGUGCGUCACGACCCCCUCAAUUCUGGCGGGUAUAUUUGCCUUCUUUGGUAUUACAUACGGGUUUCUAUAUCAUGACGGUUUAUCGUGCCGUAUCAACUCCGAAUUACUGGAAACGCGCACCCAUCAGGAAACAGGUUUUGAGAGAGUGCUACCUUACGGUAUUAAUCGACAUUCAGUUGCCGUGGGCCUCACAUCAAUAG